UUAUUUCAGUUAUUUCAAUUAAAGCCGAACGUUGUCUUGAGGUGUUCGUUUGUGAGGUGCUAGAAGGAAGCUUACUCUCUUUUUUGUUAAACAUAAAUUGGAGCUUAACUCUUGCGUUUCGAUCUUUACCAAAUGGACUUAUAUGGAGGUUUAUAAUUUUAAUAGAAUUAAAAAAAGGAUAAACAUUUUACAUAAAAAUUGAUCUCUCUCUCGGCUUACAACGAAAAAGGGAUUUUAAAGAUUUCCUAUAUAUGAAUUUUAUAUAGAAAUUGUUUUAUCUUGAAUUUUUGAAAUUAAAGUCAAAAAUCAAAGUGAAAAUAAAAAUAAAAUCUGUGAUCCUCUCUGAAGUGUGAAUUCUAGAUUUAGAUUAGAGUGUGAUUAGUGAAUAAUUAGAGCUCAAGUUCGGAGAUAAAGAUUUUAUAAUUGAAAUAAUAAAACAAAAUAAAUAUUUAAAAUUAAAUUUAUAUUAUUACUAAUUGGAUUUUAAAUAAUAUUGUGUGCCUGCUGAAGAAACCAAGACAACGGUCUAGGAUUUUAAAACUUUAUUAAUAAAGAAAAGGAAGAAAAAAACACACAAAAAUGGCUUUUAUUACAUCAAUUUACGAUGGAUGGCGGGACCUGAUGGACAACAAAUCAGAUCCGCGAACGAGAGAUUGGCCAUUGAUGAGUUCACCAUUCCCCACAAUAGCAAUAAGUCUUACAUAUGCAUAUUUUGUUAAGGUUCUUGGCCCAAGAUUAAUGGAAAACAGAAAACCAUUUCAAUUGCGAAAAAUAUUGAUUGUCUACAAUUUUAUUCAAGUGAUAUUCAGUAUGUUUUUAUUCUAUGAGGCAGCUCAAGGUGGAUGGCUUAAUGGUUAUAAUCUAAGAUGUCAACCAGUUGAUUAUUCAAACAGUCCGAAAGCUAUAAGGGUAGCAUCCGGAUGUUGGUGGUAUUUCUUUUCAAAAUUCACCGAAUUCUUCGAUACGUUCUUCUUCGUGCUUCGUAAACGUUACGAUCAAGUUUCAACACUUCAUGUCAUCCAUCAUGGAAUUAUGCCAAUGUCAGUUUGGUGGGGCGUUAAAUUUACUCCCGGUGGUCAUAGCACGUUCUUUGGCUUCCUCAACACCUUCGUCCACAUCAUAAUGUACACAUACUACAUGUUGGCUGCAAUGGGACCAAAAGUACAGAAAUAUCUCUGGUGGAAGAAAUACUUGACUGUCUUGCAAAUGAUCCAAUUCGUUUUGGUAAUGGUACAUUCAUUCCAAUUGUUUUUCAAAAACGAUUGCAACUACCCCAUUGGAUUUGCUUACUUUAUUGGAGCUCAUGCUGUUAUGUUCUAUUUCCUGUUCUCGGACUUCUACAGACAGGCCUAUCUCAAGAACGAAGCGAAAAAGGAAAAACUAGCCGCUGAAAAACUCCAUAUGAAUGGUUUUGCUAACGGAGUUAUCAGCAAACUGAAAGCAACCGAAGCAAAUGGUAACAUUUCAGCGAAACAUCUCAUAGAUGGAGUUAACUCCACAUCUACAACAACAACGACGACGCGGCACCGAACAUAUGGCGGAGGUCCAUCGAAUAAUUAAUUAUAGAAACUAAUAAAACAAACCCAUAGCCUUUUGUACUUAAAUAUUAAUUUUAUUAAAUUUAAACAAAAAAUUACAAAUUGUUCGUCAUAAUUUAAGUCUUUUUUCAUAUAAAUGGUAGAAUUUAUAUUAAAAAUAAAAAUAUAAAAAAGAAAUAAACAAAAACAAGUCUAUGCACACCAUAUACACACAACACACAAAACCACACAAAAACCAUUCACAAUGUAAUGAAAAUUAUAUUAUUAUAUUUUAAUAUUAAGUCAAAAUGAGUAUAAAUGAAUAAAUAAAUUAGAGAAUUAAGAGUGAAAAAGAUGAUGUUCAAUUUAAGAUAAAUAAAAUUAACAAAAAAUAAUAAAAUGAUCUUGAA